AAAUGUCCCUGGCACGGCUUGGAAAAGUGGUUCCCAAAUCAAGCAUCUUGUUCCUGUGUGACAUGCAAGAGAAAUUCCGCCCCAACAUCAGCUACUUCCCUCAGAUUGUGUCUGUGGCAGCUCGGAUGCUGAAGGUUGCUGAAGCUCUUGAAAUCCACACUGUGGUUACCGAGCAAUACCCCAAAGGUUUGGGUCCAACAGGACCGGAGCUGGGAGCUGAAGAAUUGCCCAAAUACACCAAAACAUGCUUCAGCAUGCUUAUCCCAGAGGUGGAAAAAGAGAUGGAAUCUGUUCCCAACUUGAAAUCCAUACUUCUCUGUGGAAUCGAGACACAGGCUUGCAUCAUGAGUACUGCCUUGGAUGUCAUGGAGCGAGGUCUGGACGUUCACAUCGUGGUGGAUGCUUGCUCUUCCUGCAGCCAGGUGGACAGGAUCAUAGCUCUGUCCAGACUGCAUCAGAGCGGGGCCUUCCUUACCACUAGCGAGGGACUUAUCCUGCAGCUUGUCCGGGAUGCAGCUCACCCGCGUUUCCGAGAGAUUCAGAAAUUGAUUAUGGAUCCUGCCCCUGACAGUGGCCUUCUGCCCCUCAUAAAAGUGCCAAAUCCCCUUUUCAGUUAG